UGCGAGCGGGGCCGGGGGGAGGCGAAGCUCGGGGUCAAGGAGCAAACCCGGCACAAGAUGGCGGCGGUGGCGGUAGCGGGAUUGGCGGCGCGUAGGACGCGGUCUCGGACGAGUUUGGUGCUGGUGUGCUUAGGGGUCUGCCUGGGAAUUACACUUGCAGUGGAUAGAAGCAACUUUAAGACCUGUGAAGAGAGCUCCUUCUGCAAGCGCCAGCGAAGCAUCCGACCAGGCGCCUCUCCCUACCGAGCCUUGCUGGACUCUCUGCAGCUUGGUCCUGACGGCCUCACUGUCCAUAUAAUCAACGACAUCACCAAGGUGUUGCUGGUAUUGGAGCUCCAGGGGCUUCAGAAGAACAUGACGCGGAUUCGGAUUGAUGAGCUGGAGCCGCGGCGACCCAGAUACCGGGUACCAGAUGUGUUGGUGGCUGAGCCUCCCACAGCUAGACUCUCCAUCUCGGGCCGUGAUGACAACAGCGUGGAGUUCACGGUGGCGGAGGGGCCCUAUAAGAUCAUCCUGACAGCGCAGCCCUUCCGCCUGGACCUGCUGGAGGACCGCAGCCUCCUGCUCAGCGUCAACGCCCGGGGCCUCCUGCACUUCGAGCACCAGCGCGCCCCCAGGGUCUCUUUCUCGGAUAAACUUAGUGUCACGCUCGGUAGCAUAUGGGAUAAGAUCAAGAGCCUUUUCUCUAGGCAAGGAUCAAGAGACCCAGCUGAGGGCGAUGAGGCCCAGCCGGAGGAAACCGCUGAGGAUCAUGACAAGCAGGAGUCCCCUGAGAAGGCAGAGAGGGAGGAGCCAGGAGCAUGGGAGGAGACGUUCAAAACUCACUCUGACAGCAAGCCAUAUGGCCCUACGUCUGUGGGUUUGGACUUCUCUCUGCCAGGCAUGGAGCAUGUGUAUGGGAUCCCCGAGCACGCAGACAACUUGAGGCUGAAGGUCACCGAGGGCGGGGACCCGUAUCGCCUCUACAACCUCGAUGUGUUCCAGUACGAGCUGUACAACAUCAUGGCCCUGUAUGGCUCCGUGCCGGUGCUCCUGGCUCACAGUGCCCACCGGGACCUGGGCAUCUUCUGGCUCAAUGCUGCCGAGACCUGGGUGGACAUAUCCUCCAACACCGCAGGGAAGACCUUAUUUGGGAAGAUGCUGGACUACCUGCAGGGCUCCGGGGAGACCCCACAGACGGAUGUCCGCUGGAUGUCGGAGAGUGGCAUCAUCGAUGUCUUCCUGAUGCUCGGGCCCUCCGUCUUCGACGUCUUCCGGCAGUACGCCAGCCUCACGGGAACCCAGGCAUUUCCCCCGCUCUUCUCCCUCGGCUACCACCAGAGCCGCUGGAACUACCGGGACGAGGCAGACGUUCAGGAAGUCAAUCAGGGCUUCGAUGAUCACAACAUGCCUUGUGAUGUCAUCUGGCUGGACAUUGAGCACGCCGAUGGCAAGCGCUACUUCACCUGGGACCCCAGUCGUUUCCCCCACCCACUGUCCAUGCUCGAGCAGCUGGCCGCCAAGAGGCGGAAGCUGGUGGCCAUCGUGGACCCCCACAUCAAGGUGGACUCGGGCUACCGCGUGCAUGAAGACUUGCGGAAACUGGGUCUGUAUGUGAAAACCCGGGAUGGUUCCGACUACGAGGGCUGGUGCUGGCCAGGGGCAGCUAGUUACCCAGACUUCACCAACCCCAAGAUGAGGGCCUGGUGGGCUAACAUGUUCAGCUUUGACAAUUACGAGGGCUCCAACUCCGACCUGUACGUCUGGAACGACAUGAACGAACCGUCCGUGUUUAACGGCCCUGAGGUCACCAUGCUCAAGGACGCGCGUCACUACGGGGACUGGGAGCACCGAGACGUGCAUAACAUCUACGGCCUCUACGUGCACAUGGCGACUGCUGAGGGGCUGGUGCAGCGCUCCCAGGGCAAGGAGCGCCCCUUCGUCCUGAGCAGGGCUUUCUUCGCUGGCUCCCAGCGCUACGGAGCCGUGUGGACCGGGGACAACACGGCCGAGUGGGAGCAUUUGAAGAUCACUAUCCCUAUGUGUCUCAGCUUGUCGCUGGUCGGACUGUCCUUCUGCGGGGCCGACGUUGGUGGCUUCUUCAAAAAUCCGGAGCCUGAGCUGCUGGUGCGCUGGUACCAGAUGGGAGCCUACCAGCCGUUCUUCAGGGCACAUGCCCACUUGGAUACGGGGCGCCGAGAGCCGUGGCUGCUUGGGUCCCAGCACAGGGACAUAAUCCGGGAUGCCCUGAACCAGCGCUAUUCCUUGCUGCCCUUCUGGUACACCCUCUUCUACCAGACUAAUCGGGAAGGGAUCCCCAUCAUGAGACCCUUGUGGGUGCAUUAUCCUCAGGAUGUGAAUACCUUCAGCAUGGAUGAUCAGUUCCUGCUUGGGGAUGCGUUGCUGGUCCACCCUGUGUCUGAUUCUGGAGCGCAUGGUGUGCAAGUCUAUCUGCCUGGCCAAGGAGAGGUGUGGUAUGACAUGCAGACCCACCAGAAGUAUCAUGGCCCCCAGACCCUCUACUUGCCUGUCACGCUAAGCACUAUCCCGGUGUUCCAGCGCGGAGGGACCAUCGUGCCCCGGUGGAUGCGCGUGCGUCGCUCUUCAGACUGUAUGAAGGAUGACCCCCUCACUCUCUUUGUGGCACUCAGCCCCCAGGGAACAGCCCAAGGAGAGCUCUUUCUAGAUGACGGGCACACGUUCAACUACCAGAAUCAGCAUUCGUACCUGCUGCGUCGGUUCUCAUUCUCGGGCAACACCCUGGUCUCCAGCUCAGCGGACCCUAAAGGCCACUUUGAGACGCCGAUCUGGAUCGAGCGGGUGGUGAUCAUCGGGGCCGGCAAGCCUGCAGCUGUGGUCCUGCAGACGGAAGGGUCGUCCGAAAGCCGCCUGUCCUUCCAGCAUGACCCCGAGACCUCAGUGCUGGUCCUGCGCAAGCCUGGCGUCAACGUGGCGUCUGACUGGAGUAUUCACCUGCGAUAACGCAGAGAUGCUGGGGCGGGGCGGUGCAGGCGUGACGAGAGUUCGCUUCUGCCUUGGAGUUGGACCCCCCCCUCGAUGGCACCUUUUUUUUAUCCCAAGACCCAGAAUUUGUCAACAUCUGGGCAGGAUGAGAGGAUUGUCCUUGGCCUCUGAAUUCCUCUUGUGAUCUUUGACUUCUCCCACCUCGUGGACACGUCUUUCCCUCCCUUCCUUGACCCUGUUGCCCCAACUGUGGAGGCCUGAGGACCACAGGACCCCCUGCUUUCCCGUUCCCUCCUUUUGGGGACCCCCGGAUCUCCCCUCGACCCUGUCCAUUCUCUGUGUGUUGAAGCCAUUUCUUGGAAGAAGAUGAAGGCAGUGAGUUUGAGGGCUCCUUUUCUCCUUCCCUUGCCCUCCCUCUUCCUCUUUCCUCCUCCCCUCCGCCCUCUAGAACCCCCCUGAUACACUGGGACCGCUCCUUACCUGAUGAGAGAUGAGUGGAUCAGCCGAGUGAGGUGGUUGGAAAAUGUCCUCCCUUCCCUCGGUCGCGAUCUACCUUUGGGGGGAUGGGGGGGAAUGUUUUGGGCCAUACCUGGCAGUGAUCCACGGCUGUUCCUGGCUGUGUGCUCAGGUCACUCCUGGUGGUGCUUGGGGGACCAUAUGGGGUGCUGGGGGAUCGAGUGGAGGUCAGCCACAUGCUAAGCAAGCUGUAUCUUUCCGGCCCCCACCCCCACCCUUUCUGACCCCUCCCCAAUUUCUUCUAGAGCUGCUGCAGUUCUGAUAGGGGCAGUUCUACCUCCCCUGGCCCAAAGGGGGAAGAAGUUUCUAGUCUUCCUAAGAGGGGCUAGGUAUUAAACUUCUUUGGACUCCUUUUAUUUUGUCCCCCGAGGGGCAUUCAAAUGGAGAAAUCACUUGUUUCAUCAAAUCACGGUCACCUGUAUUUAUUGAUGGGAGCAGACGAAGGGUGGGGCAGAUGAUCAUGUGUCCCCAGGGUUGGCACGAAGCCCUGGGUGGGAGUGGGGUGGGGGGGAGGACCAAUUAGGGAGGAGGGACAAUAUUUGUGGGAAUUUUUUUUUACUUCCUCUUAGCCCCCAGCUGUGACAGGUUUUGAUAAAAGCAGAAAAAAUAAAGAGAUAAACCAUAACUAA